UUCAGAUAAACCAUUUUGGUAUCCUCAACUCUCGCUCCCGGCCUUGGUCGAUCUCGCGCUGUCAGUGGUGCGCAGAUCACGGAUGGAGAGAGAUGUAUCAACUGUCUGGCUCCAACCUCCAGCAAAAUCGGCCCUCGAUGCCUCACCGACGGCAGUAUCCUACGAUGCUGGCUAUAUCGUUCUCUCCUUUUUCACCUCCUUGGUGGGAUGUAUUACCACGAUAGAAUUGUUGCAGCGACGCACGUCGACGAGAGGCGUCUACAAUUGGUUUCUUCUGUUCGCUUCCGCCAUAACGAUGGGUGGCAUCGGCAUAUGGGGCAUGCACUUUGUCGGAAAUAGGGCCAUUGUACUCGACCAUGGAAAUCCUCAGCGUCAAAUCGCAUACAGCAGCGGCCCUACUGCUGCAUCCUUUUUCCUGCCAAUUGCUGUUCUCCUUUUCGCCUUCUACCUGCUUGGAAACAUGUCCAACAAAGCUCGUCACCGUUACAUUGCGAUCGCCGGAGUUCUCACUGGAGCCGCGGUAUGUGGAAUGCAUUAUAUGGGACAAUUGGGAAUUGCCAACUACGACUGCACAUAUCAGGUACAACAUGUCGUGGGAGCAGCAAUAAUAGCGGUGGCGGCCAGCCUGAUAGCUCUCAGUGUUUUCUUCACGUUGCGGGACAAAUGGAUCGAUCAUUGGUGGAAAAGAGCCCUCUGUGCUGGUGUGCUUGCCGUGGCAGUAUCCGGUAUGCACUGGACAGCCGCUGUCGGGACAGUUUAUCACUGGAACGGCAUUAUGGUGAUCCAUGGAGGCAACCGAAUUCAGACUUCCGUCAUCGCAGCGUCUUUGUCAAUAGGCGCCUGUGUCGGACUGCUUGUUGGAACGUUCGUCAGAGGCCGAAAGAUGCAUUCUGCCAAACAGCGAUCUCAACGCCUCGUCCUUGCCUGUGCCUAUUUCAAUCAAGAUGGUAAGCUGAUGGUGUGUAAUAAUGGUAUACUGCCGAAUACGGAGAUCACCAACCAUUAUGUUGAGAAGACCUUUGGGGAGGACGAAUUGAGUAGAUCACAUGAGACAUUCUUGUGGAUCUUCCAGGCUUCACAUCACUGGAACAUCUUGAAAGAUCUCAUCCCAGCCAUGAAGGCUGACCUUGAGGCCGAUCCGAUGACCAAGAAAUACUGCGCCGCCUCUCCUCCAACAACUUUACCUGAUGAUGCUAGUGAGAUAUCCAUCAACUUUGCACGCCUGUUCAAACAGUUAUUCUGCAUUGCCGCUCAGGCGCUUGCCAACAACAUUCACGAACCGGUCGAAAAUGUCGGAACCUUGUUUGAAGAACCCAUGGAUACUGGCGCUGCUUACCCACGGUCAAGUAUUGCGACCAGGCGACUCUCAUGUUUCUCCGCCUCCGCCUCUCAUACUGGGGAUAUCGAACAGGGAAGCGACUCUCGAUCAAUCGCCAAAGGGAAAUACCUCUUUCUCAUCCGUCAAAUUUCUUUCAGUGAUGCUGCGAAGUUUUCCGCUCGUGGCUAUCGGUUCGCUGCUGUGGACCAAGUCGCGGAUACCCUGGCUAGGAGCCUACAAGUUCAACGUGGUCACCUUGUGGAGAGGAUGGAACGCAUGAGAUUUUGUGCAGAACGAACAUGCUUGCCACCUCCGGGAGUUUACUUGUCUCUCUUUAUGAUCCGUCCAAGCAUGUACAAGAGCUUUGAUGUCCUGGUACCUGAGGGUGCACAAAAUCAACUACCACAUGUCACUUUACAACUGUCCCCACUCUCUGCUCAGCAAAAGAUGCAGCUCCAGCUUUUUGACGAACAGCCGGUCGGCGAAAUCCUUGGAGCGCUCCUUAACAGAUCCAGUGGUUUAGAAUUGGACGACGAUUUUGGCAGUCAGCUUUACAAUGCCUUCGUCAGACUUGUGGAACUGGUAGGCAAUUACGACACCAUCAUGCAAGCCAGAUUCUCGGCCAAAGAAUUCCGCAUCUCAUGUCAACAUGGCGGCGGCACUAGUUCGACACCGAGCUGUACCAGCUGUACAAUGUUGACAGUGCGGUUCAUGACCAACAUCCAUGCAUCGGGUCCACAGAAGGACUUUACAUUUGUACCACUUUCAUUCUUCAGCAUGCAGCAGCUCGAACAUGGCAGCCACUCCGAUGAAGGAACAUUCCCACGUCAGGUCCAAACUCAAUUUGCCCAUCUCCAGAGAUACUGCAUCAGGCGCAGGGGCUCGAAUAAUACACGAGGAACCAAACGACCAAGCGUUACGGAGGCAAGCAGGCUUAGAGCUGACUCGCCUAGGUCGGUCACCUUCAGACAUCCUCUGAGAAAGUCGGUGGCUAGCAGUCGUCGAAGUGACGAGGCGACCAUCAUCGAACAUGAGAAAAUGCCGGCCGAGUUUUCCAUAUCGGAUUUACAUAUGGCCAGGGUCCUGGCUCAGGAGUACAAGGAUCCUCAAGAUGAAGACACAGAAGCACUGCCAAUCGCAGCAUCGAAAGAGAGGAGAAGCUGGGUGACCGAGGUUUUUGAUCUCUUUCAACUCAAAUCAGAGGGUUGGUGUACAGCCCGCACUGGCGGAUGGAAAUGGGACAUCAACGUGCAGAAUUCCUUUGAAGUUGGGUCUAAGGAACGUCGACGUGAUAGUAGAAACGCCUUGAUUUUACCUUUUUAGACGGCCAGUCUGAUGAACAGCGUUGAAGCGUCUUAUCAUUAUUGUAUUCAUAAGAGGGACAGCCAGAACAGUAUAGGACUCCUAGCAACUGAAGCAGCCGAACAAUCCUUUCA